GUUCUUGGAUGGCAAUCGUAAGUCGCUAAAUCAGCUGGUAGAAGGAGAAGGCGACAGUCAAGGUCGGAACUGAAUAGACAUUUAAAUGUGUUAAUUACUGGCAUAUACAUACAUAGAAAUCUGACAUGGAGUCCGUUAUAACAGUAUCAAAUGAAAAUAAAGAGCUGAGUACGAAAAACAGUUUGGUAGAACUUCCUCUUGAGAUCAUAAUAUACAUCCUGGAGUUCCUGUCUUUAUCAGACAGGAUAAGUGCAUCACAAGUGUGCCAUUUGUGGCACAUGGCAUCUAAAGACCUGAAGCUACAUGGCAGUGAAGUAGUAGUGUUGCAUGAUGACCUGACCAGAGCAUUAAAAGUCUUUGAAAAUAGUCUUGGAACAUUUCUGAAUUUUCUGUUUAAUAAUGUAGAGCUAGGAGGAAAAUUAACCGUAUUUUGGGACAGAUUCUGUCCACAAAUGCGGUCUCUUUCCAUAUAUAGCUGUGAUGUAUCAGAAAAAACUUUUGUAGAUAUUCUAUUAAGGUGCUCCCGUUUAGAAAUUCUUGAUGUGAGUGGCUGUCGUGAACUUCUAAUGUCAGGGCGCGUACUGGAACAGAAAUGUGAUAUUCAGCUACUUAGCAAGACCCUUGUAACACUCAGGGAACUAAGGCUUGAGUCAAAUAGAUAUCUUUCAGAUGCCCUCUUCAACAGGUUUGUGGCAAUUGCACCUAAUUUGGAAGAUCUGUCAUUGACAGGAUGCCAGAUUUCAUUCCAUAGUGGACUAUGUAAGAAAUUUUAUCCUGGUAACAUGUCAAAGUCUGGCAGUAUAAUGGCAUCAGAAAGCGUUCUGACUUUCAGGAAUAUAUUACAGUAUAUUGUGUCAAAAGCAGAGAAGAUCAGAAGGUUGGGAUUUGGUAGCACACUUAUUGAUAAUGCGGCAUUGUCGCAGCUAGCAGAAGUACCAGCUCUGAAUCUUAAAGCACUAGAUCUUCAGUUUUGUGAACAACUGAACAAUACAGGCAUACUGAGACUGACAGAAUGCCAGCAGACUCUCGUCAAAUUAGAGUUAGGCUUCUGUUCACACAUCAGUGAUCUUUCUUUCUCAGCCAUCUGUCACAACCUACAAAAUCUAUCUAAACUCAACAUGGAGUACUGCCUUGCUAUAACAAAUAUAGGUGUAGCAGAACUUCGUCAUCUUAGGAAAUUGGUAGACUUAAACCUAUCACACUGUGAACAGGUUACUGGUGAGGGCAUUGAGAAGGGACUGUGUUCCUAUGUGAAUCCACAUUUCCAAAGACUUUAUCUCACUGCACUCUCUUUAGAUGAGAGAACUGUUUGCCGCAUAGCUGAGAGCCUUCCUGGGCUUAUACAUCUUGACCUUGGUUGGUGUUUCAAUGCAGUAACAGACACAUCUAUUCAGGCUGUUUGGCAGCACCAAGUGUGGCUACGAUCUCUCAAUGUGACAAGCUGUGAUAAAAUAACUGACGCAGGACUCACAGGCUUGGGGUUGAGAACAGGAAGGUCAGAACAGACAAAAGAGCAGAAAAAUAGAACUGAAGUUACAAGUCUGGUAGAAAAAGAAAUCAAUGGAAUCCACUGGAUUGGUAAUAGCGGGGUUCCACACACUGACCCCUUACACAGGAUAUCACUGAGGAGUAGAGCUGAACAAGAUAUAGUGAAUGAUGCCAAAAGGAAAGAAGCUGUAUUGCAGAUGUGUGAAGAUCAGAACACCGAAGAAAUAGAAAAUGGUUUCUCACUUGUUAGACUGAGAGGUUUGCAAGAAUUAGAUUUGUGUGGUUGCAACAGAAUCACGGAUGUUAGCUUGAAGUAUGCCUUUAACUUUCUUGAACUUCGACAUUUAGAUCUGAGUCGCUGUCAGCAGGUAACACAUAUAGGCAUUUCAGAGCUGGCCUCAAAGAAUCCAAGUAUUGAAACCCUAAUAAUGAGUUACUGUCACAAUAUCUCAGAUGAUGGUGUGAUCAAUACUGUAAAGCAUUUGUCAAGACUGAAACGCCUCGAACUACAGGGUUGCUCUCAGCUAACAGAUGCAAGUCUUAGAGCAGUUGGACAGAACUGUUUCAAUUUGAAGUACCUUGAUAUAAGCCAGUGCUGCAGCAUGUCACUGGAAGGGUCAGAGCGUAUGGAACUACACCUGCCAUCCCUGCACACACUAAAAAGAUCAGGCCUUGUUUCUAAGGAAUAUCCCAAAGCCAGUGUACAGGAAUCAAAACAUGUACCUCCUCCUCCACCAGCAAAGUUCCGUUUUUAUUGACACUAAUAACUGAUUGUGACUGCACUCCCUAUAGUUAAGUCUCACGAAAAAUUGGCAGUAAAAUACAAGUUUACUCCAAAUAAUGAGGACAGUAGCCAACAUAUGGGACCUACAGCCUAAUGAAUCCUGGUGAGAGGUUUUAAAUACCCCAUAUUCACAAAAUUUUGAUUUUUUAAAACUGAAGAAUAAACUUAAGGAAAUAACGGUGUAAGAACACCAUCACAACCUGUUUCCUUAAGAUCUGGCCAGGAAAAAAGUCCAGUGGUGGGCUGUUGGGAACACUAUAACAGACUUCUGGACUCUAUAGAAGGCAGAAAAUUUUAUGACUAGCUUAAAGGUUACCAGCUUCUCAAGAAAGGCUCUGCUGCUUGCAGUUCAUUGGUCAGUCAGAGAUGAGAAACCGGAAAGCAUGAGAAGAACUUCAAACCAGAUCCAGUCGGUCUCAGAUGCUGAAUCUUGAAUGUAAGAAUACAGCACAUUGCCCUUAUGCUACCAGAUUCCCCCAUUUUAACUCUUUGACUGGCGCGGGUGUGUUUUCAUGCCCGGACGAUGCCAGCCGUUCCCUGGCAUUGGCGUGUUUUAGCACUUUGAUACACUCUUCCCUUCUUUGCUGUCUUGGCACUCAUCAACCAAAGACAUAUUUAUGAUAGUUUUUGUGCAUGGUUGUAUACAACCCUUGUUGACUUUGUGGGGGUCUAUAUUACUGCCAGAACCCUCCGAGAAGGAAUAGGUCAGAAAAUAUUUCACAUUCAUUCAGUUUCACCAUGGCUUCUCACAGCAAGUGUCAGGAGUGUUCCUACA